CUUAAGAACUGAAAAAAAUCACAGCCUCCUAAAUGUAUUUGAAGUUUGUUAUUUCAUCACAAUUUUCGUCAGAAACAGUGCGGAACAUACCUUUUGAAAAUUAAUAAUAAAACACCUACGUAUGUACCUACGAAUUUAGACCCAAUUGGUAUACGAACGUGGUAGAUUUUCAAAUUAAGUGACGGUAACUAAAUAGCUUUUUGAAGAAAUUGGAUUUUUCGAUCAUUAAUUACUAAGCCAAAUGGCAAGUGGCUGUAUGCAGAGAUGAAUAUCUGCAUACGUGUAAGUACCAAACAAGACUAUUUUUAGUAAUUCCGCAGUUUGGCCAACUUGUCGAAAGAAGUUGUCAUAAAUAUUUCAGCCGGUGAAGAAAACAUAUUAAGAAAUUUUAUUAAUGGAUCUAGAAAAACAAGGAUAAUUUUAACAUUUUAGAAUUGCGAAUAUUUCCAUACAAAUUAUUUAGUUUAGAAAUAUUGAUUGGCAAGUAAUUCAGCUUUUGUUUGGUUAAUGAGUAAAUCCUUCUCUCAACGAAAUUUAUUAUUAAUUUUUAAUCCAAUACUAGUUUUUGGUGUGGCUUUAGAAAUUAGCCUUCCAUCUUGACAAAUGCGGAAUUUGAAUAUUCUGAAUUAUUAAAAAUGUUGUUUUUUCUCGAACAUUGAGAAAAUAAUUGUUUGCCUCGAUGAGCAGUUAAGUACUGUAUUUUAUUUCAUAUGUAAAUAUGUAGUUUAUCUCAUAAUUUCCAAAUAUGUAGGAGAAGGAUUUCGCUUUCUAACUUACAUAUUGAUUUUGAAUAAUUUAGCUAAAAAACAACCUUUUUCAAGCUACAUAUGUACAUCAGGAUUUUCUGAAAGUUUCCAUUGUGGGUUCCAAAUUCACAUUGUUUCAAGAUAUGUAUGUAAAUUUGUAUGCAGAAUUGUAUUGGAGUCAUCCUUAUGUAUCUAAUUGUACAAACAAUACAUAAUUUAGGUCGACACAAAUCCAAUAAAUGAAUAAUUAAGUAAAUAAUGUCUGUAGUUAGACACAAACUUCUGUGGGCGAUGUUGACUUCAUUGGCCGGAUGUUUGUGAAUGAUAAGACAUGAGAUUCUUUCCAGGAAAUGUUGGAGUCAUUCACUAAAUCAGAUGCAAAUUUUGACAAGGUGUAUAAACGUAAAAGAUAUGAAAAUCUACAUAGUUAGAGCUUAUGAUACCUGACAUGCAUCCGGUAUAAUUAGACUUUAAUUUACAACCUGCUUCUCUGCACUGGAUAUUUAUGAGUUCAUAAAUAAAGUGAUUUCAACGAUCUAAAAUUAAAUGUGUGCUUUAUAAAAGUAAACUUUAUAUCGAGGCAGAAUGCUCACAAUGGUUUCUUCAUUCCACCCGCCCGCAUACAUUUAAUUAAUUACAAUUAUAAUUAAAAAUGAGUCUAACUUCCAUCCAAAAUUUAAUUCAGCUUCAAUUAAAAUUGAUCUCUGUAAUGAUCGAACCGCCAAUUUAUAUCAAAAUUAAACCAUCAAAAACUACGGUUACCACGGUAAAAUUAAGUCUCGCAACAAAAGCCAAACUCCUGGUUCUGGUGACAUACGCAAUAUUUAUUUUGUUGAAUAGCUUCUGGCAAAUAAAGAAAUUACCGAAAAACACAGAUCCAACAGUUUUAGCGAUUAUUGGACUCUUUUCGUCCGGAAUUUUUAUAGGAAUUCAUAUGUUGGUGAAUACUUUAUUUUUAAAAAGUGACGAUGUGGCUGCCCAGUUAAAUUUAAUUCUUAACUAUGAGCAGCAAAAUUUGUGCAAAAAAUUUGUCAGUGGAAAUAUUCAAAAAUUAUUUAAAGGGAUCGUGUUCCUGUUGGGGAGAGGAUUUCCGAUCUUUGCUCCGAUAGCGAUAGGAUUAAUAAAUGUGAUGGAAUUAUACAUGCCACCCUUCAUCGGGUCGGUUCUUCCCGAAAUUCGGAUGGACGGGUGGGAAAAUAUUGGUGAAACGGUGCUUACCUGUGGGGCGCACUUUGUAGCAAUUUUGAUCCAGGCUUGGAUGGUUUAUAUAAUAUCGGGGACCGUGAUGAUGCUGAUAUUUCAUUUCCUGGUCGGAUCAGUGUUCAGUUUGUGGGGGAGUUUGAAUCAACUUACAAGUUUGACGAAGAAGGAGGGUUCCAAACUUCUUCGAAAGUCAGUCAUCCUCCACCAAUUGAGACAUUUCCGGCAAUUGAAGAUAAUCGAGGCCCAAAUAAAUUUCACGAUGAGCACAACGUUCCUUCCCUCCGUUCUUGUCUCAUUCUGCUUUGCAAAUAUCAUGUCGACUUUUCUCUCUGUGUCGUACUUCCGGAAGGGAAGGCUGUUCGAUAAUUUGGGUAAUUUCAUCUUUCUACUGAUCAGUUGGCAAACCAACAUUGGAAUCAUGUGCUUCGGAACGAUGCCCGGAUUGUUGAAUAAAAAUUCGAUAAAAUUCCUCGGAAGUUUUGGAAGAAGAGAAUUCAAAAAUGAGAAUCUUGGAGUUUCGUUGAAGAAAGAUGUAAAGGCCUGUGGUCAAAUGAGGAUCAAAUUUGGGAAUAAUUUCGUGGGGAUUUUAACCCCUUUGGUAAUGAUUAGUUUGUGCGUCAAGUUGACAGUUAAGCUGCUAUUAGUAGCACAGUAGUGGUACGAAAUUAAGUUACAUUACUACUACUAGCGGAACUUUUUUUAAAUGCCACACCAGGAAUUAAAUAUAUUUUAAAAAAUCAAGCCACCUGAGAGUUAAUUCUUGCCUUUAUCUUUUUAUCUAUUGCUCACUAGACAAUGCAGGUACAUAUUUAGCUUGAAAAAAGAUUCCCUUGUAAAAUGUAUGAUUUACAUGUGUGCUAAAUAAAAUUACGUUUCUCCAA